AUGAGUGAUGCAGACGUCCCUCCGUCGUCGUCGCUAGAUGUUGUCAGUACUGAGGGCCCCGGUGUGGUGCAAAGGGACAAUGUAGCACUGAAGUCUUCGCCAUCUCCUCACCGGCCGGACACUAUCCCCCCGGCUGCUCUGGAUAAUGUCGAUGCAGACCGAGACGAAGGUAGCACCAAGGCAGACUCUGAAGCCGAAACAAUUAUUCAAUCUGGUCGAGAAUCCCUUUCGCCAGAGAAGAGGAGAAAGCAUAUACAACAUGCUGCUCACCUAAAUGUCGACAAAGGGCGCAAUGGAGAGACUCUGGGCGAUGGAGAGUCGUCCCCAAACUCGAAAAAACGCAAGCGUGUUGAGGAUGGUGUGGCGAACAAUGAGCCAACUGCACCCGCGACGAAAUCUCGUUCUCGAACCUCGUCUCUGUCUUCUAUCGUGAAAAGAGAAGGAACCGAAACGGCGGCUCCUGUCCGGGCCCGCCGAGGCUCGGUUCGUUCUGUCUCCGACGCUCGUCAGAUUCCUGACGCCUAUCCUCGUUCUCGAAAGCGAAGUGGAAGUGUAAUGGAGGCUGAAUUUACAGACAAUGAUUCAUAUGCUCAGGAACGUCGGCGCCGGGGUUCUACCAAAGAGCGCGAAAGGCGAGAAAAGACUCAUCCAGCGACGAAUUCAACGACUUCGCUGUCAAGAAAUCGGUCUGUUUCACCAUUAUAUCGUUCUCAUAAAAGAGCAUCAUCAGGUCCUCAGCAAGGAUCAGGUGAGAUUACACAACGAAAACGAAAAGUCCCGGCGCCUUUGGCCAAUAGCCACCGCCGUCAAAGUUCUGAGGAUCGACAGUCAGUUUCAUCGUCUGCCAGCGCUUCUCCAAUGCCGUCUGCGCGCUCUCGAAGACUCACAUCUGAAGGUGCCCAUGUUUCUUCGGCCAAGCCCGCAGCACAAAAAAAGCAAAGGGACCAGAACGGACGUACACGGCUUGCAAGAGCUUGCGCCGCCCAGGAGUAUGAAGUUGCCGUAGCCCGACAUGCCGAGCGGCCAGAGGACCUGAACGUGGCAGACAAUGCUGGAAAUACUCCGCUACAGAUUGCUUCGCUGGAAGGCUGCGCCCCAAUUGUCAAAUUCCUACUCGAUGCAGGAUGUGAGAUUGACACGAGAAAUAUCGACAAGGAUACACCUCUUAUAGAUGCUGUGGAAAAUGGACAUUUAGAAGUCAUCAAACUUUUGCUUGACGCAGGCGCAAAUCCUCGACUGGGUAACGCAGAAGGCGACGAACCAUACGAUCUAGUACCGUCUGAUACUGAAGAUUACGACGAGAUCAAAAGGAUUAUAUCUCAUGCCAAGGCACAUCCACCACGGAAACGACGCUCAGAAGAUCAUGGACCUCCAUCCGCUAAGGGAUCCGUCCCUCGUGCAACAUCGGGUGCCAGUCCGAGGGAUUCACCUCCAGCGCACUCGAUGAUGAGCCCACCUCCGGGUUCGAGUAAUUUUAGCCGGCGAAAGACUGUCAGAAGUGAGGCAACGCGUAACGACCUUUUAUGGACAAAGGCGACACCGGAGAACCUCUGUAACUUUGCCGCAAAAGGCGAUAUGGCUGGUGUAGCCAAUAUCUUGAAUGUUAUUCAAAAAGCUGACACAGAAUCUUUGAUUGCGGCUGCAAAAGGUGGACAUGAAGAUGUCAUGUCUCUGCUACUGGGAAUGGGCGACGCAGACGCAGAUCCCGAACCUGUUCAAAAUGCAAAUUGUCGGCCUGGUUACAAUACGCCCAUGCUGGCAGCAAUUGGCCGAGGUAAUCUAGCUAUUAUACGCCUUCUACUGGAAUAUCCCGGAUUCAAUCCGGCGCGACGAUUGUAUCGCGGCAAAACCUAUUAUGAACUUGCGGAAGAACGCCAAGGCGAUGGUUGGGAGGAAGAAGUGGACUUAUUGAAGAGAGCGUAUGAUAAGUACAAAGGAAUGAAAAAGGCGCGCAAGGCUGAGGCUAAAUCUCCCAAACGCUCGCGUGAACAAGAGAAGGAAUCCAAAAAGGCGACCAGGCGAUCUUCAUCUCCGGUUACUGCUCCUCGCAAGCCAGCUCGCAGUCCGACAUCAUCUCGCUCGGUAGAUUGA